AUGUUACCCUUGGCGGAUUACUUCUUUUGGGAGCUGGUUUUUGAGUUUCUAGGGCCACAAGAUCUGAUAGCCGUCUUUGGAUUGUGCUAUUCUUGGUGGAGAUUUGUGUUUUCUGGAAAUCGCUCGAGACGGCAAGCUCUACUAAGUUGUGAUGUUCAGGAUAUGAGCAACUCUGGCAAUUUAUACCAGAAAGUCCCAAUUUGGCUUGUUAGAGGAAUUCAAAAGCUCAGUCUUGCAGGCACAACAAUAAGUUCGAAGAAUUUUUUAAGACUAGCGACGGAAGCACAGAAGCUAAGAACAUUAGACAUCGAAAACUGCAGGAAUAUUUCGGAGGAGGCCAUCUUCAAUGCGAAAUAUAAACUGCAAAGUUUGCGAAGUGUGAACAUCUCCUACAACAGUCAAUUUGGUGUCCUGAACAUAGCGUGUCUAUUGUCCUACGAGUCCGUUAUAGACAUUUGUUGCCGGGGGAAGAAACUCAGUGACAAAGAACUGUUAUUUCUUUCAAAGACGUUUCCUAGUUUGCCAGGAAUUGGCUUACGAUUAGAUGGAAUCAGCAAAGCCUAUUUUUGGGAUUUCUCCGAUAGCGACGAAGAUCCGAUGAUAACGCUAUCCCGAGGAUAG